ACCGCGCUGCACUGGGCGGCUAAGCACGGGAACGCCGAUGUUGUGAAGCUGAUAGCCGGGACUUACAACGCAGAAAUCAACGCCAGAUCGAAUGGGGGCUACACUCCUCUGCACAUGGCCAUGCAGUUUGGACACGAAGAAAUAUACAAUCUUCUCUUCAAAGUCUAUGGGGCAGACCCGAACUUGAGGGACUGGAGUGGCCGGAAACCACGACAGUAUCAAGCCAGCCAGGACACAUCGGUUUCUGCAGACACAUUCAGGAAAAUCAAAGCAAGGAAAAAGCAUGCAGAAAAGGACUUAGGCUUCUUGAGAAUUGGCUCCUUGAAUGUGAGAGUGAAGAGGACAACUGAGGCAUUCAGCAACUUUCUGGGUGUUGGGCAAAGCAGUGAGAAAAUACACAAAACGUGGGGCUCUGCUGACAACAUUCAGCAGGUUGACAGGUACGUGAUGCCCCCUCCAAAAUAUGCUCCUAUUAAAAAGAGAAGAUCAAAGCGAGCACAAGACUUUGUCAUAAGUCACAGCUCCCCAAGCACACCACCUAGUGAACCUAGAACUAGUUCUGGAGAAGCAGUAGGAGACUCAGACUCUGACACAGCUUGUGGUUUUGGUUCAAACUGGCAGAGCACUGUCUGAAUGCACAUCAGUUUCUUGUUGAAGUGCCACUUCAUGGUUUUUAACAUGAAUCAACACUUUAUCAUUGGUGGUAAAUGUAGUUUGUAUUUAGCUCAUAAAUUAUUCGAGUUCGUCCCUCAUGCUGAAUGUUUGCUGACAGGCAUCAUGAAAUUUAAUUUACCCAUUAGAAUACAAUGCAAACAUUUCCCUCCAAGUACUUCAUAAAAGUUGAUAAUACUUUGAAUAAAUAAUGAUGUUUAACAUUAAUCAUUAUCAUAAUCAAAUCAUAAUUUGAUCAUAACUAUCAAGGAUCAUCAUAAUUAUCAUCACCUGAAAAUACUCUUCAUUGUCAGAUCAUUAUGAUCAUUAUUAAAUAAUAAUCAGCAUUCAGUAAUCAUUAAAAUCAUCCAGCAGAUUUAAUUUCAAAUAGUUCAGCUGGCCACAAUAGAUGGCAGCACAAAUAAUUCAUGUGGCCACUGAAAUAUAGCUGCGUGUUCUCUUCAGCUGAAAGAUGUGACAGACAGUUGGACAGAACAAGCCCAUAAGGUGUUUCUCGGUUAUGUUAAGGAACACCAAAAAAGGCAGAACCUCCCACAGCCUGGCAACAACAGUAACAAGAAGAAGAAGAAGAAUCUUUUGGAAUAGUAAAUGAGUCAUAAAUGUGAAUGAGAGGUAGUGGUGAAAAAUUUUCUUUUGCCAAUUUUCUGUGCGGUUGAUCAAACAGCAAAUUAAUGUGGUGUUUUUGUGGCAAUGGUGGAAAGAGAAAGACAGAAUAACUUGUUGCUUAACUGACUGUUUUCCUACUGUCCCACUAAGAGACAUCACUCCAGUUACAGGCAAGUUGAAAUGUUAUGUUACAAGUGUCAUUGAGAAUUAAAGGCAUUGCCCAUGUCCAGUUCACUCUUGAACUGAGGUAUAAUACUGAGCAAAGGUCUUAUAUUAUAUGAUAUAUGUUACAGAAACAAUUUUCUGUGGUUUAUUUUAAAAAUACCCACAUCUUAUAGUGACACAUAACAUAAUUAUGUACAAAAUACAUUUUUAUAAAACAUGCCUGCUUGGUACUGGAUAAAAAUAAAAAUUACAACCUACAUUUCCUGUCUAGAGGGAAUUGGAUGGUAGUAGAGUUAGACUAAAAGUUAGUCCUAAAGUAAUUGCUUCGAUUAUCCCUUCAUUGUGCUGUAUAUUCUGGUGUGCAAUCUGUGCUUGCAGAAUGAGAGGUCUUGUGAUCUCUGAUAAAACAGUACAUUUCAAAGACUAUGAUAGAUGAAUUCUGGAACUUUAUUGAAUGAAGUGACUGAAAGUCGUGGCUACUUUAUGCAGGACAGUACCAUAGUCCACAUUGUAAAUAACUUUGUGAUGGUACUGCUGAAAUGUUUGGGGAAUGGAUGAUGUAUUGGGAAUUGUGGCUCAUGUAAUAACCACAUUUUUUAUGUAUUUAGCACUGAAGUGAAAAAUGUGUGUUGUUGUCAGUCCUCAUUAAUUGAAAGAACUGAAAGACAACUUUCAAAGUGAAGGUUCUGCUGUUUUAAUACAACAGCAUUGUUAAAUGAAUAAAAGCAUAUUUUAAGUAACCAAAGAUUAUUUGGAAGUAAAAUGUAUGAAUACAGAACUGCUCCUUGAUGUAAUGUAAGUUACAUUGUGUGGCAUAAAGUGAGCAGCAAUAUAUUAACAAAAUAUGAAAUGUGAAAUUGUCUGUUUACUACAUGGAGCUCAAAUAACAGAUAAGCUGGAACUGUCUUCUAAAUGUAGGUUGACUGGUGGCAGGCUCUUGUGAACUCAGUAAUGAACUGUUACAUAAAAUGCAGGGGAUUUCUUGAUUAGCUAAACAUACUACUAGCUUCACAAAAAUGAUGCUGCUCCCUGAAGUAAGUAAGUUGGUUAAUCUUAUGAUUUGGGUUAGUUUUUAGAUGGCAUAAGCACUAUUCUACCAUUAAGUUCAGAAACCUUUGUGUUUACAUAAAAAAUAAGAAAUACUAAAUUGAUUUUAUCUUUUGCUUUCCCUAUCAGAUAUUGCAAUGUGUUUGUUCUACAAAAAAUAUACAAUACCAUACUUAACAUUUUCAUUUUUCAAUUUUGCGCUUAAUAUAAAUAGUAUUAUAAUUCUGUAAUAUUAAUAAUUUCAGUAUUACUUAAUUUAUAAACUUCAUAUUUUAAUUGUAUUUUAAUUCAGCUUCAUUAAAGUUGUCCAGUCACCCUGGAAUGUUUUGUACUAAAAAUUGUAAUAAAAGUGUAAAUUCGAAAACAGUAA